GGGAAACGAGAUACGCCCACUUUCCUUGCAAGAUUCAAGAGCUAGAGCUAGCUAGCUAGCAUGGCGUCGUCCCCUCUCAAGCGAGUGUUCGACUACAAGCUGGUCUUUGACAGUCUCUGCGACAGCAAUGGCAUGGUCAGACUGGAGACACUCACUGCGAGAUGGCCAAUCAGCCAAACCUCUGAACCUGACUCGAAGGUACCUCACGGCUGUGUGAAGCAUUGGAGACACUCUGCCGACAAAGAUGGCUAUUUGGACUGGAGCGGCUUCUCCACUGGCCUGCAGGCUGCACUCGUUGAAGACUCGUCUCGAUUGGCCCGAGCUGGCAAGCCGGACAUACCACGGAGCAAAGCUGAGCAGAAACUUGCCUCUCUUCGUCUGAAGGGAGUAGCUGGUCAAGGUGGCCCUCCUCUGAUGGGGAAGGUGACUGCUGGAGAAAUAGAGAGCUUCUUGUCCGAGUGUGGAAAAGACGUGCUCAUGAAGGCUCUUAAGAAGAUGAGAAAGGAGGUGUACAAGGGACAGCUGUCUCUCCAUCGCGGGGCUAGCAGCCCCAGAACCAAAUCAGUCGAUCAGGCCCCAGUUGCUGGUGAAGGUAAGAGGUCUCGUCCAGCGAGUGGUAGCAAGGGAGGUGGCAUUGCUUCGAGGGAGAGGGAGGAGCUUGUGUGUGGUCUCGAGAUGAUGGAAAGAACGAGGAAGUGGUACAAAGAUAGACUAAAAAUCCUGACCACUGAAGAGUCACAAAAUCCAUCUCAUUCUAAAACAGUGAAGGCUGCAGAGUUGUUGGAGGUUCUUGAGCGUGGCACAAGCACUAAGAGUGAAAUGCUGUCCCACUUGAAGGAGAUUAACGGCCAUCUUGAUUCUCUCUCCUCCCCUGCCCCCUCCCUCACGAUUGAGCAACAGAGCCGCCUCACCACACAGCUGCAGAGGUGGACCGAUGCUAGACAUGAGAAGACAAAACCACAAUCUUUACCAGUUGGUGCACCUCCUGAACAUGUCGGAAAAGCAGUUGUUGAGUUUAGUCCAGAAGAACAACCAUCACACUCGUCCACCAUUGUCGUGGAUACACGCACUACGCCCACCUUCCCUGUACGAACAUCCGAAGAGGCAUCACGACAAAAAAUGGCAACUCAAAGAGCUUCCUCAACUACAGCAGUUAAUCGAAUUGGCAUUACAUCAUCCGGUAAAAUCGCUGGACACAGACAAGAGAAGCCAUACCAGACACAGCCACGAUAUGCAUCCAGCCAGAACUUAAGAACACAGCAUAGCCACCAAGAUCGAGAUUCUGAGAGGCCGAUGCCGCAGCGGACACCCAAAAGAGCGCAUUCCUUCACCUCCCCCACACGAAAGAGCCAUACAGAGCUGCAACAGUCUGAACCUACCAACACUGUAACGGACUAUCCUGUUCACAGACCACCACAGCAGUACCCGCUGAGAGGCACCACUUCAAUGCAGGAGUUGCAACCAGGUCACAGAACGGCCACUACAGACAGGCACUCCAAACAAACAGCUGGACACCUAUCGAAAAGCUUGUCUGUUCGCAAUGUUUCAACUGGUAAUCACGGGAGUCAUGUGUCAACUGCAGGGCCUAAUCUGAUCCAUCAGCAAGUGUACAAUACUGGGAUGUCACACUCUGUACAAACUCUUCCCAUUGGUCGGUCGUCUGACAGAUACCGUGGUCACCAUGGUGAUGGACGCUCUCAACGACAUGUAAGAAAUCAGGUUGCUGACAAACCCCCACAGAGUUUGGGAGGCAACUUUCAGUCAAUAGUAUGAGCUCAAUACCCCACGUCAUAUACACACUGCAAACAAUACAGCAUUCUUAAGACAAUACUUUUUAUGUUAAGUGAAUCGUCACAGUACGCAAAUAUCUAUUGAUUGAAUUGUUCUACUUGUUUGAUUUUUCUACUUGUUCAGAGCUAUUAGUUUUAUUUUCUUCUUC